AUGGAUGUGCGUUUCACAAGCCCCAGAAAUUCGGUGGCAUUUUGGUCUAAAUUGAGGAGAAACUUUAAAACAAGUUGUUCUUUAAAACCUUUUUUGUCAGAUUCUGGCGAAGUUUAUAAUCAAACCGAUGAUAUGCUACGUAUGGCGGCGGAUCAUCAUGAAAAAUUAUUUGAAGAGCCGGUCGUAUACAGAUCGCAUCCAUAUAAUGAUUCAGUCGUGCCCAAUUGGGACACCGCGAACGAAACAACUCCCCGAUAA